AUGUCCAACACCCUUACGAUUGUUGAAGCCACAGUGGCAGAGCUGCAAGAUGCCAUGUCGGCCGGACGGGUAAACAGCGUUGAGCUGACCGCAAAACAUUUGCUUCGAAUCGCGAAGUAUGACCGACGAAAUACUCUAUUAAACUCCAUACCAAUACUCUGCUCUGAUGUCUUCGAGCGUGCCCAAGCUUCUGAUGACCGUCGGGCUUCCGGAAACCUGCUGGGUCCACUUGACGGUAUUCCAUGUACAAUCAAAGACAGCUACAAGAUCCAGGGCUUGACUGUAGCCUCGGGUUCCCCUGCGUUCAAAGAUCUCGUGGCUCAAGAUGACGCUUUCACCGUCGCCAGAAUUAAGCAGGCUGGUGCCGUCAUUCUCGGCAAAACCAACAUGCCGCCUAUGGCAGCCGGCGGCAUGCAAAGAGGAAUAUACGGGAGGGCAGAAAGUCCAUACAAUGCCAAGUAUCUCACUGCGGCAUUCGCAUCGGGUUCUUCAAAUGGUUCCGCCACGGCCACAGCAGCAAGUUUUGGUGUCUUUGGUAUGGGUGAGGAGACUAUCUCAUCGGGUAGGUCCCCAGCUUCGAAUAAUGGCCUUGUGGCAUACACGCCGUCCCGUGGGCUGAUAUCCAUUCGUGGAAACUGGCCACUGUUCCCAACAUGCGACACGGUGGUUCCACACACCAGGACAGUCGCCGACAUGUUUGCCUUGCUAGAUGUUAUCGUAGCAGAGGAUCAAAAGACGGCAUGUGACUUCUGGAGAGGACAGCCUUUUGUAUCACUUCCAGGCGUCGAAAAGAUUCGACCCGGCUCUUACAGUGACCUGAAAGACCCAAACUCUCUCGCUGGGAAAAGAAUUGGUGUGCCCAAGAUGUAUAUCGGCGGCCAUGAUCCAGAAGCUAGACCAGUCCACACACGUCAAAGUGUGAUUGAUCUGUGGAAGAAUGCCAAGGCCGUACUGGAAUCUCUCGGGGCCACUGUCGAGGAAGUCGAAUUCCCGGUCGUCACCAACUUUGAAAAAGUUGAUGAUGGAGCAGUGCCCACUCCUGGUACAGCUGCACCUGCUCACCGCAAUCCGAUCGAUAUGUGCCAGCUCAUGGCCUAUGCAUGGGAUGACUUUCUUGUUAGCAAUGCAGAUGUGGCUCACUGCACUACACUUGCCGCUGUCGACUCGACUUCGAUAUUUCCGCGCCCGCCAGGAUCUCUUCCAGAUAAGUACGACUCCAACGAUCCUCUUGUCCGCCACAAGGACGUCGUGGCACAGAUCACCUCGGAGCGUUUGCCGAUAUACGACAUCCCAGGGCUGGGUCCUGCGCUGGUCGGUCUCGAAGCUCAGCGCAAGACUGAUUUCGAGGAUUGGCUUGAUAAGAAGAACCUAGACGUCGUUGUUUGGCCUUGUAAUGGAGACGUUGGACUAGCCGAUGCAGACGUGUCCAAGGAGUCUGCAGACCACGCAUGGCGCAACGGCGUGCUCUACUCCAACGGCAACUGUGCUAUCCGCCAGUUGGGCAUUCCUACUGUAAACGUCCCUAUGGGUGUCAUGUCUGAUACCAAGAUGCCGGUUAAUUUGACGUUUGCCACGAAAGCGUACGAGGACAACGCAAUUCUCAGUUACGCCUACGCUUUUGAGAGAGCUUCGAGACUUAGACAGCCACCCACCCGCACAGCCCCAUUAUCCACAGACACGAUUUCCCAAGUUGCUGGUAGCAUCAUCGGCCAGUCACCUCCGGAGCUCGAAGCAGAGACUGAGCUAGUUGAGCACAAUGGGAUCAAGAUAUUGCGUAUUACUGGUUUGUGUAGCGCAAAAGAAGGGUCUGUUCUAUUGGCCAUGGAGAAUCACCCGGCGGUAAAUCAUCCGCUAGCUCCACCGUCCUCCACGACGGACGACCAAGAUAUCCUUGAUAACAUAGACGGCCGCAUGCACGGCCCCAUGAGCGGAUUUAUCAAAAAAUACUUCGGCAACUUUCAAUAUGCCCACCAAGGUGCUGUCUUGGAAAUUCAGGCAGCCGGAAGAGUUAGAGGCCGCUGUGCCGUUCCAUCAGCUGCCCCAUCACCCGACAAUUUCUGUCAAUGGUUUUCCAACUAUAUAUCGCGGGAGAUUGACGGCGCUCGAGGCUCGUGGCAUAUACCUAGCGGCCAUGUAGCACCCGAGCACGAGAGUGAUGACGACGGUGCACGUCUCUUCUUGACCAUGCCCACUUCGCCGGCCUCCAACGUACAGACACGAUGGAACCAUGUUCAGGUUAUUGGCCAAUUUUAUCACCGUGGUUGCGGUUGUUAUCAGGGUGGACUAUUGCGUCUCUGCCGGUCUGCACACCAGGUCUUCGCCAGUCAGCCUACGCGACUCUUCUUACAUGGCUUCUACAUACGCGGUUCACUGAUCGAGCUUUGGGUCUUUGAUCGAUCUGGCUUAUAUUGUAGCGACCUAUUCGAUAUUCAGAAAGAUUUUAUCCAAUUUCUCUCUAUUAUUCUCAGCUACCAGCGGAUGACGGACAAGGACCUGGGGAAAAUCAACAUCAUUGAGACAGAUAAGGGCGGCAGCUACAUUAUCCUCAAUAGUGUGGUGAUGCCUUCUUUGGGAAAGCUUUAUCUCGAAAGCCAGCCGAUUGCGUCUCGUGAAGACCUUGUUGGCACUGGGACAACUUGCUACCGGGCUAGAAUGCCCGAUUCGAAUCGAUGGAAUUACGUCUUGAAAUUCAAAUGGCGUUGGGCCAGGGAGCGUCCGGAGAAUGAGCUUCUACAACUAGCCAAGAAGAAAUGCGUGUGGGGUGCCGUCUCCCUUGAUUAUCACGAAGAAAUUGAAAGUACGGCAAAUCUGCGCCGAGGUCUCCGGUGGGGGAGACACAGAAAAUUCGCUAGGACGCACUUUCGCAAGACGAAUGGAAAUAUCGAAGGGCAACGACAGGAAGUUACUUGCAAUACUGACGGACUUGUCGAAUAUACAGAAGAAACCGACAACCUCUUUCAAAAUCGUAUCCUUGCCUGCAUAGUUACUUCUCCUGUCGGUAGACCUCUUCACACUUUUCAGUCUCUCUUGGAGUUAGUUCAAGUGUUUCGUGAUGCUAUCAAGUGCCACCGAUCACUCUGGUAUGACGCCAAGAUUCUUCACCAAGAUAUAUCCCCAGGGAACAUGAUCAUUCUGGAUGGCCAAGAUGAAGGAAAGCCUCAAGGAAUCCUGAUAGAUCUCGAUUCCUCAAUAGAGCUGGCCGAAGGAGCAGGAACGGAGUUUGGCAUUACCGGCACCAGACCAUUCAUGGCUAUUGGUGUUCUGAAGAGUGAACGUCAUACUUAUCGUCACGACCUAGAGUCAUUCCUUUACGUUUUCCUCUGGACAAUCAUAACGAACCACACGGAGAAUCCCCUAAAGACGAGCAAACUUCGGCAAUGGAGUAGUGGCGACUGGGACGAAUUGGCAGUACGGAAGUCACUUGACAUGGAUCAGGAUGGCUUUCAGACUAUUUUGGAAGAAUUUACUCAUGAAUUCCACUCCCUCAAGCCGCUCGCCGAAAGUCUACGCCAAGUUCUAUUUCCCCGACGGGCUGGGGUAAUUUGGACCGGGACCGACGGCUCGCCUAAAGCUGUGGACAGGCUUUACGAUGGAAUGAUCUCCGCGUUCGAAGAGGCCAUUAUGUGA